AGAAAGGCUACUGUUGCUGCUGCCGUGCUCUAGGAUACAAGAUCACGCUCCUCUUGUAGUUGCUCUGCGCUCUCACGUGCGCUCUCCGGUGCGCUCAGCUCCUAUUUAUCGUCCGGGUCUUAGCAGCUUCGGCUGCUUUCGACCUCGGUUCAGUCUGGGAUGCGAGCUUCAGGUGAAAAGAACGUACGCGCGUGUGUGUGUGUGCGCACGGUGUGUGUGUGUACGGCCGGAACGUUCCGCGCAGCAGCUCUAGAGCAAACAGGAGGGGCUCACCUACCCGCUCACAGUGACGGGACAGAGAGUGGCACGAUCCUGGCACCUGGGACAGAACUAUCGCGUAUGGGGUACUUGGUGAAGCUUCCCGUUGAUUGCAACUCCUCUGUGUACUGAAACUCCUUGCUACUAGUGAGUUGUUUGCUGUGAAUAGUGUCAUAAUUUGAUGUGAAUAGUGUGGGAAAGGUGUGAUUCUGUUCAUUGAAGUAUACCUGGAGCGUGAUAUUUGUCAAACCCUGUGACUCCUGUUUGAGGAGACUACUCAGCCUGAAUAAUAUCCAAUAUAGAAUAUUUCCUUCUGCACAUUACUCGUUAGUGUUUGUCACAAGAGGUGGGAUUCAAUUUUAUGUGUAUCUUUGUGUGAAGGGACCAAGGUGUAGAAUGGUACCAAUAUCCCAAUGACCGUUUAGGGUUUGAAAGAAACUUAACUAAAAUCCUUGCUGUAUGUUCGUCAUCCCCCGGGUGUGAUGGCUCUUCAAUCAAUACGCAUCUACACGCAUACACUACGUACGUAGUAUUACUAUUCCCCGUUGUGGAGGAUGGUGAAUGACUACAAUCAACUACAUGGGAGAAACCCCCACCCUGUUCCAUCUGUAACGAAUUCAGUGUAACGAAGACAUCUUCAACAUUUCUAACAAUCAAAUUGAAAACAUUGCAAAAAAAAAAACUCUGAAGAGUAGUAGUCCCGUUUUGGGAAGCUCACAAUAAUCAUGGACGUUGAAAGUAGUAGCGUGGUGAGUGCUGCCCCCACGACAACUCCCAUCGGACUUGGCACCACUGACGGUGGGUAUCUGUGUGCGGUGGUCAAAGCCGAGCGGCCGGAGGGCACAGAGUCACCGCUAAGCGCCACAGAGCACUGCGCAGCCGAUGGGAUGGCGUUAGCGUCGGCGGAAGCAGUAUCGUCAUCAUCGUCUCCGGCCGACGCGCUCGAGGUCGCCAAACAUUCCGCGGACAGUGGCGAUGAGGAAGUCGUCGGCAACAGCAACAACAGCACGGCGGCGGCACUGCUGGCCGAAGGACACAGCCGCUUUCAUCAGGCCCGACAGCAGCGCCACAGUAGCAGCAGCAGCGGCGGCGGCGGCAGCGGAAGCAGCAGCAAUCGGCAGCGGGGCGAGCAUCUGCACCAGCUCACCGACGACAUGCUGCGGCGGAAGACGAUGAACAACAACAGCAGCACCGUGCCGAACAACAACAGCAGCAGCAGCAGCAACCGCGGAGGUGUCGGCAAGCGGUCGCUCGAAUCGACGGCGGAGAUGCUGCUGCAGCAGCAGCGGCGCCAGGCCGCGGCUGGCGGCUCCUCCACGGUUGGCAAGCAGCAGCAGCAGCAGCAGCGGCGCGCCGACGACGAGGACGAGGAAGACGCCGAGCGGACGACGCCGGCAAAGACGCCCGAGUACACCUGCCCGAUCUGUAACGCGGUGUCGCACACGCAGCGCGCCUUCACCGAUCACCUCCGGCUGCACAAUGCCGAGUCCGAGUCGGCGGCGACGGCCGUCGCGUCCGCCAUCUUCUGCUGCAAGAUCUGCUCGAAGGUGCUGUCGUCGGCGUCCUCGCUCGACCGGCACUUGCUGGUGCACACGGGCGAGCGGCCGUUCAACUGCAAGUACUGCAGCCUCACGUUCACCACCAACGGGAACAUGCACCGGCACAUGCGCACCCACAAGUACCCGUCCGGGCGGGACAGCUUCGAGAGCGAUGCGGGCGGCGUCGGCACCGUCGGUACUGGUGGCGGCGGGUCCUCGUCCGAUGGAAGCGGCGGCGGUGGACACAAAGCUGGGCGUGGACGCGGUGGUCCGCCGGCAGGUCGUCACUAUCGCAAGAAGAAGGAGGAGGAGGAGGUGGACGAGGACGAGGAGGCCGACGAGGAGGAGGACUAUCGGCAGCCAAAGAAGAGGAAGCGCGCCCUGUUUGAUGCCGGCGAGCAGCAGCAGCAGCAGCAGCAGCAGGACGAGGACGAGGGCGAGUUCGAGGAAGGUGACGAGGAGCUGGUCGGUGGCGGCAAGCGGAAGGCGACGCUGGGAGGCGAGCGGACCGCGCAGCAGUACCGCAAGGUGCGCACCAUCAACAACAACCUGCUCGAGGGCUCGGUGGUGGAGAGCGGCCAGCGCUACUGCUGUCCGGUAUGCGUGCGGAACGAUUUCGCGAGCAUGCUCAGCCUGGAGCAGCACCUCGACCGGGAGCAUCCGACCAUCCCGGCCAAGUGCCGGCACUGCGAGAUCGUGUUCCGCAGCCACAAGGCGCUGAAUGCGCACCGGUGCAGCAACAACAACUACCAGAACAUUACGCCAGGCUUCAAGGAUCUCACGUUCGUCGACUUUUCCAGCGAGAAGUUCCCGCUGAUCGCGAAGAACCUGUGCGAGCAGAGCAUCCGGACGCCGGUGACGAGCCAGAAGUACGAGUGCGGCCGCUGCUACCGGGCCUUCCCGUGCUCCAAGACGCUCUCGAUGCACUCGGCCGACUGCUGCGGAGCGGGCAGUGGAGAGCGCGGUGCCGCCCACGCCGGAGGGCGCCGGCGCAAGCGAGCACCGAGCGAGUCAGACUCGUCCGAUGUGUCCGGCUCGGAUGUGGGCUCGGGCUACGACGGGCGCGGCAAUCAUCGAGCCCUGGACGAGGAGCAGCAGCAGCAGCAACAGAGGCAUCAACAACACCUCGAGGGGCACCGAGCCGGUCAACAAGGACAGCAGCAACAACAGCAACAGCAGCAACAUCCCGUAGACCUACGCCGGGAGGACUUCUUCGCCAAUCUGGAUCUGCAGAACCGCUCCAGCACGGUGUCGGAAGCCCCGACGACGCCCUCCUCCCUGGACAAGUCGUUCUCGUCGCCAGUGCCGGCCCUGAAGCAGGAACCGCUCGCUUCGCCGACCGGUGCCGGCGCGACCUCCACCGCCCUGCCCUCCUACUACUCCUCCAACAUGGCGCUCUACCACGCGCACCAGCAGCAGCAGCAGCAGCACCAGCAGAUGGUCGACAGCGGCAAAGAUCUGGCCGACAUUCAGUCCAUCCUGAACGUGACCAAGCUGGGCGGAGGCGUCAUUGGCCGCCAGCUGGACGGGGGCAGCCAGACGCCCCUGUCCGGCCUGCUGGACGCGGCCCUGCUCAAGGACGGUGCCGGCAGCGACAGUGGCAUGUACGCCCACUCGACCGGGUCGCGCGACGAGCCGGAGGAGGCGCAGGACGCGUUCACGGCCGAGUUUCGCCGCAUGAAGCUGCGCGGCCAGUUCCCGUGCCGCAUCUGCACCGCCGUCUUCCCGAACCUGCGCGCCCUCAAGGGCCACAACCGGACGCACGUGUCGGCGGCCGGCCCGGGCCCGUACCAGUGCAACAUGUGCCGGUACGUCGUGAGCGACAAGGCGACGCUCGUGCGCCACAUGCGCACACACAACGGUGACCGGCCGUACGAGUGUGCGAUCUGCAACUACGCGUUCACGACCAAGGCGAACUGCGAGCGGCACCUGCGCAAUCGGCACGGCCAGACGACGCGCGAGGACGUGAAGCGCGCCAUCAUCUACCACCCGUCCGAGGAUUCGUCCUGUGACGAUCCGCUCAAGAAGCUGCAGCUGUUCAACACGCCGCCGCUCGACGGUACCUACACGCCGGGGACGAUGCUUGCGGGCAGUGGCGGUAGUGGCGGUGCCACCUAUCAGGACGAGCUGGCCGAGGCGCGCAGCAGCACGCCGCUGCCGUCGCAACAGCUCAAGGACAUGCUGAUGCCGCCGCUGCCGCUUAGCUUUGUGCAUCAUCAUCAUCAUCCCCUGCUCGACACCAGCCUGCUGCUGCAGACGCCCCCGAGCGGGGGCGGCAGCAACGGUGCCGGCGGUGCGUUCGGCUCAAGCGUGGCCGCCAAAAUACAGGUGAAAAGCUUGGAAAAGCUGAACCAGCUAACGCCCCCGCAGGACGAGGACGAUGCGCUCGACGAGGACGACGACGAGGGGCAAGAGGAAGAGGAGGAGGAGGAGCAGGAGGAGGAGCAGCACGACGGCGGCGGCGAGCCGUUGGAGCAAAAGCCGACACUGUUGGGCCAGAAGGCGUCGGCAGAGGACGCAGCCGUGCCGUCGCACCGUGCCGGAAAGCAGUCGGCAGUGGAGGCCGCGACCGUGCACCCGCGGCCAAUCGAUCUGAGUAUGGAUGCGCUCGAUCUGAGCAAGAAAUCGACCGUCGCUGGCAACCGCAAGGCCGCCGCCACCGCCCCGACACUCUCGACCGACGGUGAGGAGGAGGACGAUGACACGAUGGCAUCCCAGCUGCACCAGCUGCGCCACCAGCAGCGCAGCCACAACGGGGUGGAGGGCGAGGCGCGCAAGCAUGCGGCCAGCGGCGGCACCAAAGCUCAGCAGCCGCUGCCGAAGGAGCCGACCGAGCUGGACGAGGGCAGGGCGGAGCUGCCUAAGCUUUCCAAGGUCAAUCUCGCCCAGCAGCAGCAACAGUUCCAGCUGUUCAACGACACGUUCGCGAAGCUCGAUCCGAUGAACUUCUUCCAGUUCUACCAGCUGUACAACUCGCUGCAGCUGCCCUCCUUCCCGCUGCACGCGUCCCCCUUCCUGCAGAACCACAUGCUGGCGGGGUCGGCGGCCGCGCUUGGUGAGCUGUUGAGCAAGGACUUUGGGCUCGGCGCACUGCCGAACCUUGCCGCAGCGGCGGCUGUCUCGGCAGCUGCCGCUUCGACGGGCGGCAAUGGCGGCGGCGGCGGCGUCGGUCGCAAUCCCCACCAUCCGCUGCUGGGGAACCCGUUCUACCCACCGCCGCUGACUGAUACGCCCCCGAACAGCGUUACCAAGUCGGGCGACUGUGUCGAGCUGGGGACGGCCGCCACCGUGCCCACGCCGAAGCAGCUGCUAACGCCUUCUUCGCCCUCGCCGCUGGCGACACCGAUCGACGGCGGUAGUGGGUCGUGCGGUGGCACCACCGGCCUGACCAACAAGCAGUUCUCCUCGCUGCAGCAGCAGCAGUCUCGCGGGGCCAGCGGGUCGCCCGUCUCCUCCUCUGCAGCACUGGCGGCGGCGGCCGCUGCGGCCGCUGCUGCCAGCUUUGGCGUCUCGGCCGGUGGCGCUAGCGGUCCCGGUUCGGCCGGCGUCGGUCCAGUGAAGAUGGUGAUCAAAAAUGGCGUCCUGAUACCGAAGCAGAAGCAGCGCCGCUACCGCACCGAGCGGCCGUUUGCGUGCGAGCACUGUUCCGCGCGGUUCACGCUGCGCUCGAACAUGGAGCGGCACAUCAAGCAGCAGCACCCGCAGUUUUGGUCCCAGCGGCAGCGCGGCGGCCAUCUGAUUCGUCGCAGUGCCGGCGGCGGUGGAGGAGGAGGAGGAGCAGGAGGAGGAGGAGGAGGAGCAGGAUCCGGUAGCAACAGUAGUGCGAGCAUGGUGGCGGCUGCCAACAGCUCCGUCGGUUCGCUGGUGUCCGCCCUCCAGGGCGCUUUCGGUGGGGCAGGCAUGCACGGUGGCAACGCCGGAGGCGGCGCGGGCGCCAUCUCAGACCAGGUGAAGUACGCCAUCCUGGCCCAGCAGUCGGGCAAGGGGUCGGGUGCUAUGCGCGGUAGCGGUGGCAGCGGCAGUGGGCAGGAUGCGAGCCAUCUGAACCCACUGCUGCACAACAUGAUCGUGCAGGGUGCGGCAGGACAGUGGAAUCAGCAGCAGCAGCAGCAGCAGCAGCAACAGCGUCUGAACCACCAUUACAGUCAGCACCAGACGCCCGUCAUGUCGGCUGCCCUGGCCGGACGACGCCUGGCUGGUGGAGCGCGCGGCGAAACCGAAGAGGACGACGAGGAGGAAGACGAUCGGGGCCAGGAGCGACCGUACGAGGGGGUCACACCGAUCGUGGGUCAACGGUACCGUCGCCGUCGCCGCCGGCUGCAGUCGCAUCUCGAACAGGACAGCGAGUUUCUGCGCCGCAGCUACGACGAGACGAACGCCUAUCGAAUGGCACUGAAGGAGGAAAAGGAGGAGGAGGAGGACGAUGAGGAGCAGACAGUAAGGCAAGAACAGCGGGAGACACUGCUGGAGGAGCAGCAGCAGCAGCACUACGACCAAGAGCACGAUGAAGAGGAAGAGGAGGAGGAGGAGGGUGCAGCACCAGGUGCGCUGGAAGAAGGCGACGAGGAGGACGAGGAGGAAGAUGCGCAGCUCGUGAUUGACGAGGAAGAGCGGGACGAGUGUGGGGAGAAGAAGAUGGCGAAGUUGCAGAUGCAGGAUGUGCCGCCCACGCCAGCCACCUCGGAGCAAGAGCUCGGACCGACCGGCGGUAGCGUUGGUCACGAGCAGCAGCAGCACGGCAGCACCUUGAACCGCAUCCUGAAGCAGAAGCUGGAAGAGCAUCGCUCAAUCGGGGACGCUGGGGAUACUAAUAAGGGGCAGGAACAGAAGCCGACAGUUCCGCAGCAGCUCGCAGGCAAGCCGUCGAAGCAGCAGCAUCAAUCGUUGGCGGCUACCGGUUCGGCCACCGGAUCCCGCAAGGCAUCGUGUGGCAGUACCGGCAGCGUGACCAAUGCCGACGAAGCUGGCAGCGCGAGCAGCGACCUGGUGCCCGUGUCGAAGCUGCUCGACAACGCAACGAACCCCGCGCUGGAAAGCUACUUCAGCCGACCCGAGGUGCAGGUGCCACUGUCGCAGGAUCACAGCGAUGAGGAGGGCCUGGUGGCGUCCGGUUCCGCGUCCGAGAGCAACAACUCCGGCACGGACGACCCGAACCCGUCGGCGGUGGCCCUCGCGCACCAGGAGCAGAAGAAGAAGUCGGCCUACAGCCUGGCGCCGAACCGGGUCAGCUGCCCGUACUGCCAGCGCAUGUUCCCGUGGUCGAGCUCGCUGCGACGGCACAUCCUCACGCACACCGGCCAGAAGCCGUUCAAGUGCUCCCAGUGCACGCUGCUCUUCACGACAAAGUCGAACUGCGACCGGCAUCUGCUGCGCAAGCACGGUGACGUCGAGUCGGCCGUCUCCAUACCGGUGCCGAUCGACGAUCUGCUCGAUCCGAAACCGGAACCGAUCCCGGUGGCGGUGGCCGAAGCGAUGUGCAAGAUGAUAACCGGUAAGGGCAGCCGGUCCGGUGCUUCUUCUUCGUCGGCCAGGACAGAGUCACAGCAGCAGCAGCAGCAACAUCAGGCACUUCCGGUGGGCUCCGCAGACGAAGACGACGAACCGCAGGCUGACGCUUCCAACGAGGAGGCAAAAAACGAGCCAAAAAACGAAGGCAGUGGAAGGCGGGGAAGCAGCGUGGUGUCGGGCGAUGCUGAGCUACCGCCAAAGUUUGCGGGCGACAAAAAGAAUGGCAGUGUGGGAGGGCGGCAGCAGGUGGCAGCGCACCGGGAAUCUGAGCAGCUGAAGGAAAAUGGCGACGGCGAAGCGGAACCUGCCCGGCACCACCACCAGCCGGACCAGGAAGACGAGUCCGACGGUGCCGCCCGGGAUACGGCGAUGGAGGAGGAAGACGAGGGCAAGGAGGAUGGCCGGUUAUCGGCGGCGGGAGGCUUCUCCGAUCUGCCGUACAAGUGCCACCUGUGCGAUGUGUCCACCGCCGAGCGUGUGUCCUGCCUGGAGCACAUCAAGCAGGCGCACCCGCAGGAGUUCACCACGCUGAUGGCGAAGGUGUCGCUGGAGACUGCGUCAGCGUCGGCGACCGAGAGCGAGGCGCACACCGGCUCCCCGGACGACGACGAGAGUGGCACCAACAACAACAAUAACAACAAUAACAAUAAUAACAACAACAACAACGGUGGCAAGUAUCUCGACUAUGCCAAUCGGAAGGUUAUCUGCGCAUUCUGUGUGCGUCGCUUCUGGUCGGCGGAAGACCUGAGACGGCAUAUGCGGACGCACUCCGGCGAGCGCCCGUUCCAGUGCGACGUCUGCGACCGGCGCUUCACCCUCAAGCACAGCAUGCUGCGCCACCGGAAGAAGCACUCGACCGGAAGCGGCGGCGGCGGCAGUAAUGGAAAUGCCUCCCCCGCCUCCUCCUCCUCGUGUUCGUCCGGGCGGCGCCCUAGUGCGGCUGGCCGUCGCACCAACAACCACCAGCAGCCGGACGUCCGCAGAGGGCAGUCGAACGGGCACGACGAUCCGAACAACAGCGGCACCGAUCUUACCGACGACGACGAGUAUGAAGACGCGGAGUGCUCCAGUCCACCAAUGUCUAACCACAGCCACCAGCAGCAGCAGCAGCAGCAGCAGCAGCAGCAGCAGCAGCAGCAGCAGUACGACUAUAACCACCAUCUCCACGAUACCGCUGCGGAGAUCCACACGGCGUCAGCAGCAGCAGCAGCAGCAGCAGCAUCGGCCCCCAUUAUUGGAGGCAAGCGCUACCAUUCUCACUUCCAGCAGCCGCAGCAGCACUCGGAGCUGAUCGGCAACCUGCUCGGCAUCAGCGACCAGGGCAUCCUGAGCCGGGUGCUGCUAUCGUCCGCGUCCGAAGCUGCCAAGCUGCUCGGUGUGGACAAGUGAGACGCGGCUUGCUUGUUUGUUUGUUUGUUUUUGCUUUCUUUGUGUACAUUACAUUCCUUAUCGUUAAGCUUAGCAUGUAAGACACACACGGCGAAAGAAGAGGGCACAGUUUUAGCUACUACUUUUUAACACAAACGCAAAACACUCGAUACAUCGAAAAUGACUCAAGCGUAGCGUGCGCCAACUUUGAAGAGAGAGAGAAAAAAAACGUUGUAGCGGUGCCUAGAAGUGCGCAAAGUAUUGUAUAAAUAUGUUUCUUUUUAACCAUGGCAUCCCACGGGGCCACAGAUAGCGAGCACAUUAGUUGAAGUGUACUAGUUAUUAGAUGGAAUAGAUUUUUUUUGUUUUAUUAUUAUUAAAAUUAAUUGUGGUUAGAUAAUCGGAAAAUGCACGCGCGUAGCAUGCGGCAUUCCCCUCCCCAAAAGCAUAAUCAAAACUAAAAUAUUACUUAAUAUAUUUAUACUCCUAUAUUCUAACUUACAAUAUAUUGCACAGCUAAAUAUGAUUACGCCUUGGGUUCCAUUAGAGCACGUUUCUCGUAUUAGGCGGAGUGCAUGAAAGAUCAAAUAACCCAAAAGCGAGAAAAGGCACACUGAUAGCAACAUGCGUUGCUUGAAACGGUUUAAUUUUGAUAGCGCGUGCGGCAGUGUGUGAGCAAGCGUGCUAUUUCCCUGCCCAAAGUAAUUAUAACUUUUUGUUGCUUGAUUUUAAUUACCCUAGUAAGAUAGUGACCGCGCAAUAGUGUGUGAGUGCGUAAGCUUCAAACGUUGCGUAUCCUUAUUUUAUCUUUUGGUAGUACAUUAGCAGCUUAGGGCGAAAAUGUAACUUAUUUCGGAACGUAUCGAAUUGUGGACACCAACAGAACAUGUUGCACAAGCACACAGGCUAGGCCAUAAAACAAAAUGUAGGGAGAGCAGUACUGCUACUGCCUAGUUGCGGGUGUGGUUGCGUGCGUGAGAGUGAGUAGAUGAUCAAAGUGUCCUUUUUAAAGAGUUUUUUUAAUAUCUUAUUUCUGCUGUUAAAUAUUUAUUUGCGUUCCGUUUUAUAAGGAAGAUCGUCAACAAGAGUUUUUUUAACUGUUGUUUUUUUUAAUAUAUAAAUACUACCUAACUGAUUAUGCUAAUAAGGAAUAUAAACGUACUUAAGGAAAAACAAAACGGAAACAUAGUCGUAAAAUACAUAACUGACAACAAUGCAGCUAUAAAGACGUUUUAAGUUAAAAAAAAAAAGAACAACCAACGUGUCAAUGAAAUGUUUUAGCGACGUACAUAUAAAUAACAUACAAACGCACUUAAAAUAAGCUCCGGAACAAUCGGGAUUUUGUUUUUUACUGCAAAUGCUAUCGAAGUGCCUAUAACGUGUAAAGCGAGCCGGUAAUAAGGGGAUUUCCGUGUACUGAUACAUUUUUCAUUAAUUUCUGCCACCCCGUUAUCCUCCUCUGCCAUCAUAAAGAAGUUUAAACGAAAACAAAUGUAAUAUCUAACAAUCGAUUUGACAAGAGCAAAGAAUAUCUGCGAAGCAUGUGCUAAGAGAGCCAACAAGGAACUGCUUGUUGUGCUUUGCCUAGAUUUCAGGUUGUAGCAAGCGCAAUAUAAUAUUAUGUAGCGAAUGUGUGUGUGUGUGUGGGUAGGCCUGAUACGAAUAUAGAGUAGGUGCGACAGCUAAUAACCACAUAUAAUGUAGAUUUACUAUCCUACCCUCCACCCCCCAUCAACGUGUUAGUGUAUAAAAGCGAAGGGAAUAAGAAAACACGGAAAUUAACGAUCCUCAUCCAAGUCGAGAACAGCGUUUUUCGUAACCGUAUCGAAUUAACUUAUCAAAACACAACCGAACUCUCACUCUUAUUGUGCACCAAGCCAGCCAGCCCGGGGUUUAAUAAAAGGGAACAAACAUAUCCUGUUUACAAUGCCACAACAAAACUUGAGUAGUGCUGAUGUCCUGCAUAACUAGGCUCUCUAGCAGAUUGUUGGGAAUCCCCUACCCCACGCUUCGGAAGAGGAAGUAUCGUUCGAGUGAAAAAAAAAACUGGAACUUCUUCAUAUAAUGCCAAUACGAGCCAAUAAGAGUACGAAUAAGAAAUAGUAGCAAGAAAGGAUGUGGUAUGUGGCGCGCGUGCGAGCGGGAUGCGAGGUGUGGAAAAAUACAGCAAUACGACCAAAGGAGUAACUGCAAGGUAGUAGUGUGGGUGCGAUAUGGCAAACGGAAUCGUGCUGAUCGAUCCCGAUUAGCGGCAUGAUCAUUAGUAAGCGAAACAAAAAAAAAUGCAAUACUUCUUAUAACCCCCGAAUAUAUUUAAUUUGAUGUGUUUACUAUUUAGAAACUAAAGUCUUAGUACGCCAAACCUAAUGCGAGAACCACACCGUUUUGAUAGGAGGAACACGUGGCCAAGCUAGUGUAUCGUAGGUCGCCUUUUGUUUACUUUGCAGUGCGACGGUGCGCCGUGUCAUUAAGGAUGUUUUAAAAAGCGAUUAUUUGUCUGUCUCUCUUUCUCGCACACAAUUAAACAAACUAUUCAGUAUAGACAAACAGCCCAAAGAUGAAGGAGAGCGCUCGUUGGGUGGGGGAUGAGCCACGUGUUUGCUUUAGUAAGAGUGUCAGAGAAAGAGGUUUGACUGCACGUGGGACGAUAAGAAUUCACUGCAAGUGCCAUUAAACUUACAACGACAAAACAUGAAAAAACGAAGAUGAGUCAAGAUUUUUUUAAAGGGUCACAAACAUGUAAUGUGGCAAGAGAGCGCAAUGAUCUGUAAAUUAUAUACAAUGAAUCAAAAAUCUAAUGAAAGGCAACACAAAAUGAAUGGAUUUGUUAUACCCUCCUGCAACGCAUUACUCACAAAAAGCAUACAUGUGCGUAUGUGUGUGCGUGUCCUACCUUUGCUCAUACUGUUUGGGACACGGUUUGGUAUUUCUCCUUCUCUCAAAUAGACCACCUGCAUCUCCGUGUGCUGUAUGCAGCAUGCAGUUUGCAGACACAACUUAGCUUGUAACGUUUUUCACUUAAGGUCUGGUCGUUUUAACACACAUUAUGCGUGUGUAAGUGUGUGUGUGUGUGUGUGUGCAGACAUAUGCUUCACUCUUAUUUAUGCCUUAAACAUAUUGUGUUCAGAGUCACUAAAAGAAAAAUAAACCCGUUAGUGAAGAAAGGGUCAGGGCAAGAGCCGAUUAUAAUUAAAAUGUAAUUUUCUCACAUACAUGAAAAUAAGAGAUGUAGUGGAAUUGAGGUUAGAAACUGGAGAGGGACGCCCACUGUAACGUAGUUUGCCGUAGUGUAGUUGGAAGUAAAGAAAUCGCCAAUUCGGGGGUGGAAAGGAAUGUGUUGCCAGAACACACAACGAGACACUUACGUGCAUACCACAAUACUAAUCAUAUUCAUGACGCUAUUUAUGAUAAAAAAAGAAAACAGAAUCAAUAAAAGUAAUCUAUAAAAUUGA